UAGUUUCCAUGACAUGCCACAAAGCAAAAGCCAAACAAAAUCCCUUCAAAUAUUGCCUCUGUUUUCCUCUGUUUCUCACAAUACACGAUGGCACACAAAGUGAAUUCCCCACCAAUCCCAAUCCAUGUUCCCACCAUGUUCUCUAACUCUCCCCCAUCUUCAUCUUCUUCACCUCCUACACAAUCCCCUAUACCUUUCCCUUCACCCUCUCAGCGCUCUCCCUCUGCCACCGCCGCCGCCGCUCCUCCUCCUCCAACAUCUCCUCAGCCAGUGGUGGUUAGUCCCUGUGCAGCCUGCAAGAUUCUCCGCCGGAGGUGUGUGGAGAAGUGUGUCCUGGCUCCCUAUUUCCCUCCCACUGAUCCACUCAAGUUCACCAUUGCUCAUAGAGUCUUUGGAGCUAGCAACAUCAUCAAGUUCUUGCAGGAGCUACCAGAAUCCCAGAGAGCAGAUGCUGUGAGUAGCAUGGUGUAUGAAGCAAAUGCUAGGAUCAGAGACCCAGUUUAUGGCUGUGCAGGUGCAAUAUGCCAACUUCAAAAGCAAGUUAGUGAGCUGCAAGCACAACUAGCCAAAGCUCAAGCUGAAAUGGUUAACAUGCAGUGCCAACAUGCUAAUCUACUAGCACUAAUUUGCAUGGAAAUGACUCAAACUCAAUCACCAGAACAACAACAGAACAUAAUUCAGCCACAAACUCAUGUUGAUAUGAGCUGCUUCUUAGAGGACAACAAUUUUGGCUCUGCUUGGGAACCUCUUUGGACAUGAAAUUGAUGAACUAUGUAUCUUUUUUAUGUUCCGCUUGUUCCGAGUUGCAGACUGGAUGGCAGGAGACAAUCCAUCUAGACCAGCAGACCAUUCAGGAAACCAGCAUGAACAAUGUAUCUUAUUUUAGAGUAUUAAUUUUUCUAUAGUAACUACUAAACUUCCAACCUCCUAGUAGGAAGAGAGAAUGAAAAUUACUAUACUGAGGAAAUUAAUUUCAAUAAAAGUCAUAUUAAUUAGUUA